AUGUCUAGUUCAGAGGAAUCUGAGAGUGAUGAUUCAAUGUUCUAAGGGAAUAAUAAAUAGUAACGUAAACAUUUGUCAGAUGUGGAUACUAUUAUAGCAAUAUUAAGUAUUGAGCCAAAGAACAGAUCCUAUUCAUAAUUAUAAUUGUUGUGUUAUAAGUUUGAGCAAUAUGUUAAUUACUUUUAAUAAAUACGUAAUAAAUUGAAUCCCAGUAUUCUAAUUAAAUUGAUGUCAACCAUAUCAAUAGAAAAAUUCGAUGCAUUCAGUGUUGUAUUUAAUCAAGGUGAAACUGGAAGGAAAAUGUAUAUUAUUUUACAAGGAGAAGCAGCUGUUUUAAUUAGAAAUCAAGAUUAAAUUGAGGUUCAUUAAAAAAAGGAUGACUAUAAACGAAGAAGAGCAACUAAGACUUUCGAUGAGUUAAUUUUACAUCGUUAUUAAAAUUUCAGGAUUGUUGCUUAUAAAAAAUAAUAUGAUUAUUUUGGAGAGAUAGCAAUAGAACAGAGAAUCCCAAGGACAGCCACUGUCAUUACUAAAGAAUCUUGCAUAUUUGCUAUUUUGACUUUUGAUGCUUAUUAAACAUUACUGAGUGAACUAAAGGCUGAUAAUUUAUAGUUAAGACAGGUUGUAAUUGCAAGAAUGCAUCCAUUUCAUCUAUUAAAUGAAUAACAAUUACAAUCCAUUUUGCAUAAUCAAGAGGAACUAAAUAUUUAGGCUGGAAGUUUAUUAUAUAAGGAAUUGUAGAUUGUGGAUUCAGUGUAUCUUAUAAUUAAAGGGGAAGUGUAGGUCUCAAUUAAAGAGCCAAUAGAAAAUGCUGCUGGAGGAAAGAUUAGAGAAAAUAAGUAUUUUGUUAAUUUUCAGAAGCAAAAACGCAUAAAAAACAUUGGUUUGUUCAGUGUUGGAUAGUUAAUAGGAGAUUAUGAAUUGUACUUGAAUAAGACAAGCAAGGAGAGGCUGAUAAGAAGAACAACAGCGAUAGUGAAGAGUGACUCAAAAAUUAUUAAGAUUCCUUGUUAAUAAUUUGUAGAUGUAAUUGAGUAUGGUUUGUCAUCGAAAUGGCUUCUGAAAUAUUUGAUUGAUAAAUAUGAGUAAAAGGAGAAGUUGCCUAUCUUAUAGAUAUAGGAUGAUACAGAGAAACAAAAGACAAAUAAUUUCGUGUCCCCUCAGUUGAAGAAGAUGAUUUUUAGGAUAAAAUAGUAUCAUGAUCAUAAUAAAGUAUCAAGUGAACGGUUUUCAAAGGUUAAUUAUUAAUAUGAUCAAGAUAUGAAUACAGAUGAUCAACCAUAUACGAGUCUUAAAAAUGAAAUAAAUUUGUAAGAUAAAUCAGUUUUGAAAUAUUUAGCUAGAGAUUAGUUCUUACCUAAAAAACCAAUCAAUAAUAUAUCUUAAUUCAGUGUAGAAAAAUUUGCAUCAUCUUUGAAAACUCGUGUACAAUUUUCUAAAAUAUUGACUUAACUUGAUGAUGAUAUGACUUGUUAUAGGUUCUAUUCUUCACCUAUAAAGUAUAUGCCUAAAUAAACAAAUUUAAAAAAAACGUGUUCUCAGAUAAGCUCUCCGUUAUUAAUGCAAUCAUAGUAAAUGAAUUGA